AUGUCUGCGAUUAAGAAGGUCACCGUUGUCGGAGGUUCCGGAAACCUUGGCCCCAGCAUUAUUCGCGGUCUUUUGGCGGGCCUUUUCGAAGUCACGGCGCUCUCCAGAAAGGAGUCUUCCGCAACAUUCCCUUCUGAAGUGACUGUCAAGAAGGUCGACAUCAACUCGCUCGAGGAAGUGACCGCUGCCCUCCAGGGCCAAGACGCCGUUGUCUCCAUCGUUGGAACAGCCGGUUUUGCCAGCCAGAAGACCCUUGCUGACGCCGCGCUUGCCGCCGGCGUCAAGCGUUUCAUUCCCUCCGAGUUUGGCAUCAACACCCGGGAGGCCCGCGGCACCAAGAUCGGCGGCAUCUUGACCCCCAAGAUCCAGACCGUUGAUUACCUGACCGAGCUUUCCGAGAAGAACAGCUCAUUCACCUGGACCGGCAUUGCUGUCGGUCCGUUCUUUGACUGGGACUUCAGCGGCGGUCUUCUUGGCUUUGAAGUUAAGAACAAGACUGUCAACAUUUUCGACUCCGGCAACGAGCCUGUGUCUCCGUCCACCCUCGGCUUCAUCGGAGAGUCUGUCGCCGGCGUGCUGAAGAACCUCGAGGCGACCGCCAACAAGUACAUCCAGGUCGCCUCUUUCACAACAACCCAGCGCGAGCUGCUCAAGGUGGUCGAGGAGCAGACCGGCUCCACCUUCACCGUCAACAACGUCAAGACUUCGGACCUGGAGAAGACCGCCGACGAGAAGCUGGCCAAGGGCGACUACAGCGCCUUCAUCCAGUUGCUCCAGCAGCACCUCUUCGGCGACGGCAACGGAAAUGCCACGAAGGACAAUGCUGCGGUGAAGCUCUUGGGCCUGCAGGAGAGCGAUGUCAAGGCGGAGACAAAGAAGGCUCUGGCUGCGUGGAAGUAG